CGCAGAUUUCGCCCCAGCCAACGGCUCACGUUGCACCACCACCGCCACCUCCAGGUCCUCCCAAGGGACCUUCAAGGAACGCAAGUUUCAUUCAGCCUCCGCCUCCGGCUGGAACUUAUCGUCCCCCAUCCCGAGCCAGGGUCGAAACCUCUGAUUCGAUGGCCUCACAGCGACAGGCUGCGCCGCCGGUGCCCCCGUUGCCCAAGAAUACCCCAGCUUCGUCAUAUGAACCGGCAGCUCCGUACACGCAGGGCACGCCGACAUCUCAGCCUGCAUUCCUGAGCGAUACCGACCGAGUGCAAUAUGGGUACCAACCUCAGGCAGCGUCAUCGGCGGGCGAUGUGCCUUCCGGCCCAUCAACCGCUGACCCGCCCGCUAGCUCGGUGAUACCAGCCCGGUCGCAGGUAGCUCCAGAGACCCUGUUGACCCCGCAACGAGGCGAACUUGCAGACCUCCCCGCUGGUGACGACACCUGGCCCAACAAUGUCAGCCCUGCCAAGGCUCGGCCGCUACUCCGGGAAGACACUUUCCAGCCCCUGUCGCCAGAAAGCGCACAACCGUCAAGUUACGACCCGGAAGGCGCUAUAUUCGAUGAGGAAGGUGGACAGGAAGGUGGGCAAACCGUCCAGCCCGAGCAAUCCGGUGCAGUCGAGGACCCGUACAAGCCUGCUCCGACGAAUUACGCGCCUGUACCGACUCAGCAGGAACCCAGCGUCUAUCAGUCGUACGAGAAGUCUCCAGUUCCUUCGCCUUACAACCCGUACCAACCGAAGAUGCAGGAUCGACCGGAUCAGCCGGCUUAUGUGACGCCUUUGCCGAACGCCUUCGCCUUCCCGAACGACAGUUACGUCUCACCAGCUUUGUCUCAAGAGCCCGUAGCGUUGAGUGGGUCGGCUUACGAGCCGGCACCAGAAAACAUUCCCAAGUCACUUACCGAGGACGUUCUCGAGAGGGCAUCACCUAGUGCUCGUCGAAUCCCGUGCGUCUCGUUUGGACCCCAAGGCCAAUGCAUUGUUGUGUUUCAAUCGGAAUCCGCCGGAAACAUCUCCGAAGAUGGCCAACGGUUGCUACCGGCAUACGGCGAUCGAUCUCAGGCGCAGGAAGUGCAGCUGCAUCAGUUGAAAGAUAUCAUCCCCGAAGAGGGCGUCUCUGCUGCUGCGGCCGACUGGCCGGGACCACUCUUCAUUGAUGCCGCAGCAAGCAAAGUCACAGCCGCCUCGAAGAAGAAACGGGACGCUGUCAACGCUUACAUUGAUGCCCGUGUCCAGGAGAUCAGAAGUGGCCUUGUCUAUCUUACAGCUUCGAAGAAGGACGAGGCAAGCCGUCACAAGGCCGAGGCGACAAUGCUAUUACUGGAAAUCGUCAAGCUCAUGAUUGCCGCAGAUGGCAAGAACCUGCUCAGCGAUGUAUCGAGUCGGACCGAGCUCAUUGGAUUGCUCUCGAGCCAUGUCCCUGCGGCGACUGAAGAGCCUGCCUUGCUGAAACGCACAAAAACGACAGAGCCAGUCGCGUCAGCUGCGGAUCUGCAGUACCUGUCGCGUAUGCUCGUCAAGGGUCAGCAGCAAGAGGCGCAACAAUACGCCAUUCAACAGCAACUGUGGUCGCACGCGUUGUUGGUUUCCAGUGUCAUGGGGCCUCAAGCCUGGCAGUCCUGCGUUGAUGCUUUCGUCGCCCAGAACGCCCUCAACCACGAUCUGGCCCAGCCUCUGAUCACGGCUUAUAAGAUGUUCGGCGGUACCCAACAGUUGGCACCCGCGGCAGGUCAAGCCGGGUCAUGGCGGGAUAGCGUCGCAACAGUUGUUGCCAAUGCGAAAGCCUCUGAUUUCGAAACUCUCGUAAAGCUCGCUGAUCAGCUGAAGCAGAGCGAUCUCGUUGAGGCUUCGCACAUCUGCUAUCUGUUGUCAAUCAAACUCAAUGAAUGGGCUGCUGGUUUCGAUACUGGUCGACUCGCACUGUUCGGUUGUCGUGAUGUCGCUUCCACUGCAAGGGAUCUCGAGAUUUCUGAGCUAGUGGAGUACGCGCUGUCGUUCCGACCUGUGGCCAAGGGAGCCGAGCCAUAUCACGGGGUGCCUCGACUGCUCGCAUACAAGCUCCAGAGAGCGUUCGAGUACUUUACCCGCGGUCAAGCUUCGGAGGCAAGAGCCUACUGUGACGCUGUCUUGGCACAAAGCAAGUCUUUCAGGUCGCCUAACCCUGCCAUGGUGGCUGUAACCAGGCAGGCUGAGACCUUGUCCGGACGAAUCGCUGGAAUUGCUGUCACAGCCGUUGCAACGAAAAAGGGUGGCAAGCCAAACUUGGAAAAUCUAGGAUCCUGGUUCGAGGGGCGUCUCACCAAAUUCAUCGCUGGCGACGAGGCGACUGAAGAGAAGCCCACCAAGCCGACUACCAGCAAGGACUCGUCUGACAAAGCAGCCAUCGGCCCAUUUUCGCAUUACAGUGCCAUCUCCUCGCCGAACGCUGCUCCUAGCCUGAGCCGCAGUUCCACAUACGAUUCCGCGAGCCAGCCGAGCAUGGUACCGGGACCCCAUGCGUACCGCAGUGGCUCUGCAGCUUCGUACAGGCCCCGCCAACCGAGCCAGCUGUCGAUGCAGCGACCCACAUCUGCUAUGUCGUAUCGUCCACAGGAACAGCAUGCCUUCCCCGAAAUGACCCGAAUUUCAAGCAGAGUCACCGAGCAAGAUGGUAUCGAUUCGCGUCGAGGCUCUGAGCUUAACGACACGCAGACACAGGUGGAUCCGAGCGCGACUGCGGUCUCUGAAACGCAAGCCGAAGAGCCUCGAUACCAGAUACCAUCUUGGGGUCAAAGCUAUGACGAGCCAGAACAAGCGGAGGGACGGGCUGAGGGAGAUUACGGUGCGGAGGCAGUUCCUGAUGGUUCCUUCAUCAAUCCGAUGCAGACUUUCAUGUCGCCAAUGGCGCCGGCUCCCUCGUACGAGCCGCAAACCACGUCUGCCGCGAUGGAACGACCCGCAUAUGAAGACGAUGACGACGAUGAUCUGGGUCUUGGGAAUACAUCUCAUAAGCAGAGGGCCGCUAAAGAUGAGCCUCGGACCGCGGCCACCAAACCGACUGCUGCGCCAUCCUCUUACGAGCCCGCCCCGGCGAAGGAGGAGCCGGUCAAGCCAGAGCCGGCAAAAAAGGCAAACCCUCCAGACGCAGGCAAAGGAUCUCAGAGCGGAUCGUGGCUGGGCAAAUGGUGGGGUAAAAAGGAAGAGACCGCCGGUCCAGGUCCCGUCAAGGCCAAGUUGGGCGAAGAGAGUGCGUUCUACUACGACAAGGAGCUCAAGCGAUGGGUCAACAAGACGGCGGGCGCUACUGAAGCACCCAAGCCUCCUCCACCCCCUCCUGCUCGUGCGACCCCUGUCAAUGCGAGCGCUGCAUCCACUCCUCAGCCCAUCGUAGCGACGUCCACCCCUCCGCCUCCUUCGGCCAGCCGAGGUUCGCCGACAGCUACUUUGGGAGGCACAGCCCCGCCUGCGGCGCCUCCAGCUUCGAACUCGGCGCCACCUGGUCCUCGUAGCAUGCCACCAGCAGCGCCGCGACCGCCCAUGAACGCCGCCGAUCCGCCAUUGGCAGACCCACUCGCUGCGCCUCCGAUGAGAAAAGGAGCAGCAAAGGGCAAGAAGGAUUUGCGAGCGAAAUACGUCAACGUUUUAUGAUGAAGGCUGCAUCGAGGUCGAGAUUGGUGUUUUGGGUUGUAGUGUAUAAUGUGGUUGUAUACUAGAACAAGCAGAGGUAAUGACUUUUGCGGCAGAUCUUUCCGCGUGUGGACACCAAGGAUACAGCUGUUCCCG